UUGUCAAUAAAUCAAAAUUGAAUCCCAAGUGUAAUAAUAAUGUUCGAAUUUGAUAAAAUUUGUCGAACUUGUUCGUCUUCAGACGGUGAAUUACAUCCACUGUUUGAUAAUUUUCAAUUUAAUGUAACUGAAAUGUUAACGGACAUUGUUAAUAUCAGGGUAUUCGAAAAUGAUAAUUAUCCACAAAAUAUUUGCAUAAAUUGUUUGGAUAAAUUAUAUUCAGCGUACAAUUUCAAACAACAAUGUCAAGAAACUCGAAAAAAGUUUGAAGAGUAUUUAAAUAAUUUGGAUACUAAAGAUAAUUUCGAUAGCAUUCACGAAGAAAAGUAUUUUAUUGUAAAAGAGGAUAACGAAUUGUCGAAUUUCGUAGAAGUUAAACAGGAAAAAGUUUUUGCGAACGAGGAUAUCGAAUCGUCGAAUAAUUACGAAAAAAAUGAAUUUCUGAUUGAUAACAGCUACGAAGAAGGAAUAGAAAAUGAAUCAUCGAAUUACUGCAAAGACGAACCAAAAGAAGGUGAUAAUUCCAGCGAAGAAAAUUAUUUCAAAGAAGUCGAAUAUGAAGAAUCAUCGAAUCACAGCGAAGACGAAUCAAAAAUAAGCAUCAAAAAAAUACGAAACAAAAAUGUACCGCGAAGUGGAACUUGUGAAAUCUGUAACCAAACUGUAACGAAAUUAUACGAACACAUGCGAAAACAUACGAAAGAAAAACCGUACAAAUGCGAAACUUGUGACAAACGAUUUUCGUUGAGUUCAAACUAUAGUCGACAUUUACGGAUUCAUCGCGGUGAAAAACGUUUUGGUUGUGACAUCUGUCAGCGCAGUUUUACGCAAAAGCAUACUUUACGAGCGCAUCGAUGUCUGGGUGAGCAACGGAAACCUCGAACACCUACAGAAUACAAACCGAGAGGGACGGGUUUAGUUACUGUUACGAAUGAAGAAGGAAAAAAACGAUUUUUAUGUAGCUUUUGUGGGAAAAGUUUCGCACAUCGUCAAGGAUUGGUUACGCACAGGGUCGUGCACACCGGCGAGAGACCUUAUAAAUGUGCUGUUUGUGAGAAAACGUUUGCAUACAGUGCUACAUUACGGGUUCACGAACUGACUCACACCGAUGAAAAACCUUUUAAAUGUUCUUUUUGUGAGAAAAUGUUUAAAGUUCGAUCGCAUUGUUUGAGUCAUGAAAAAAGUCACACCGGAGAGAAACAAUAUAAAUGUUCGUUUUGCGAACGAGAAUUUAUACAUCGUAGCACGUGGAAAAGUCAUGAAUUAAUUCACACGGGAGAGAAACCAUACGAAUGUCAGUUUUGUAUGCAGAGAUUUCGUCAACAACAACAAUUAACCAGCCAUUUACGCACUCACACGGGCGAUAAACCAUUUAAAUGUCAAUAUUGUGAUCAACAUUUUGCGCUGAGGGGUAAUUUAACUGUACAUGAGCGUAUUCACACGGGAGAAAAACCAUACAAGUGUACGAUCUGUUCGGAAGGAUUUUACGAGUCACGUAGUUUAAAGAAACAUGAAAAAAAACAUUUGUUAACUGAAGAAGUUCGACAAAAUGAGGAAUCAUCGAAUCAAUCGAAUGCAUCUUAAAAAAUAACGAAAAUUGAAAGAAAAAAAAAUUAAUUUUAUGUAAUUUUCUUGUAUUUUUAAAAUAAAUUAAUUUAAAAACGUU